UUGGCUCUAAUAAGUCAUACAUGAUGACCACGUACGUCAUCAUAAAGCGACAGCGUUUACCUCCUCUUUAACAUGCUCUUUUAAGAUAUAUAGCAACAAAUACAGCUCACCACUUGUUUUCAAUUCUUGAUCGUCAUUUUGGAAGCUUCAGGAACUGAUUCUACAAGCAAGUUUUAUCUCAAACAACUCUCUUUAUCUUGAAUACGAACUAAAAGUCCCAGAAGUCCUCUCUCUCCGUUUGUAAACACAUGGCUCGAGGUCUCAUCUGACACCCACUAUGCCCAAACUCUUCGAUAUAAAGUUCCCAGGAGGAUGUAAGACUCUCCCUGAAGGCUUCUGGUCGGCAGUAGACGUGUGGGUAAAGAAACCUCACGUUGUGAACAAGCGUCUCUGCGGAGUAAAGGAGACAGAGAGUGAAGAAGUGGACAGAGAUGCAUUGCAUUUCCUGCUGGAUAAUCCUGAACUCUCUCAGGAUGUGUUUUCCUUCCUGACCUGUGAUGUUUCACCUGAGCAGACACACGGCAAGGACAAACCCUGGACUUCUACUGUGAGGACGUUUAUCCCCAAAGUGAGCUGCUAUGGGACUGCCCUUCAUAAAGAAGUCAUACUCAAAGACUCUGUCAGACAACAGGUGACAUUCCUUCCAUAUGAAGAGGAUUCAGAGGGACGGGUGUCUCUAAAGAGGGGCAACAUUUAUCAGAUUCAGCUCCUCCAUCAGGACUGUGAAGAAUGGUCCUUGGAGCUGCAUGCCUUGACUCCAGCUGCCUGGUUCUCUGAUGGCGUUGCGUACCCAAAGCUGCCCUGGCUGUCCUCUGAUCUGCUGCCUAAACUGGUCCGCUGGGCCUCUGAGUGCAGGAGCAGCGAGUUCAGGAGCACGCUGUCUCUGCUGCCGGUGGAGAAAUACAGCGUCAUGUACCAGCAGCUGAAGGAGAAGUACAAAGCCAUGGUGAAGGUUUGGCCUGAAGUCACAGAUCCUGAAAAGUUUGUGUACGAGGACGUCGCCAUCGCCACGUAUCUCCUUGUGCUGUGGGCCGAGGAGCGAGCAGAGAGAGGCCUCACUGACCUGCAGUCCUUUGUGGACCUGGGCUGUGGGAACGGACUUCUGGUUCACAUACUGACCAAUGAAGGGCAUCCUGGAAAGGGCAUCGAUGUCCGUAGGAGGAAGAUCUGGGACAUGUUCGGCCCUGGGACUCUGUUAGAGGAAAAAGCAAUUACUCCCAGCGAGAGCUUCUUAUUCCCCCGUACGGACUGGCUGAUUGGGAACCACUCAGACGAGCUCACGCCGUGGAUCCCCGUCAUGGCAGCCAGGUCCUCUUACUCCUGCCGCUUCUUUGUGCUGCCCUGCUGCUUCUUCGACUUCUACUGUAAAUACCAGAGACGGCAGUGUAAGAAGUCGCAGUACAAAGAAUACAUCGACUUCAUCAGCGAGGUCAGCCAAGUCAGCGGAUUCAAGACUGAGGAGGACUGCCUGAGAAUACCGUCCACCAAACGGGUGUGUCUGGUGGGGAAGUCAAGAAACUACGAGCAACCCCACGAAGCUGAGGCAGAGCAGCGAAGAGCUCAUUACGUUCAAAGCCGCCAGGCCGCCUCGGGGGUCACAGUUCAAGUGUCAAACAUUGGAAGUGACGGGCACUGUUGCCUAGGAAACGGAGAAAAUGGCAGGACCCCCUGGAGCAGCUGGGGAGCCGGGUUCCAGCCCAGAGACAGAGUUGAAACUGUGCGAAACUGCGCUGCUCUCCCGCGGGAUUUCGUUGACGGUGUUGUCCUGCAGGUUGCUAAUGCGCUGCUGGGAAUGACCGAGGAUGAUGGUGGGGAGUCCGACUGGAACAGAGGAGGCAGCCUCGCUGUGAGUGAGGUCGCUGGCCUGUUGGAGCAGGAGACCCUGCAGCUCCUGAAGAAGGAGUGUGGAGGCCUUCAGACGCUGCUCAAGAACAACCACCAAGUCUUCAGAGUGGAAGGUGGGAGAGUGCACAUUCGGGACUGGCGCGAGAAGAGGACCUCCAAGGUGAACAUGAAGAAGAAGAAACCCAUUGCCCCUGGUGCCCUGAAAACUCGUCCCUGCUGGUUUUACGACCACCAUCCACAGCGCUGCCCCCUGCAGACCGAUCAGUGCCACUUCGCUCAUGGCCCAGAUGACCUCCGAACCUCAACAAGACCUUUAAAGAAGAUAAAAAACGAUGCCUUUUGACUGGCAUGUUUCUCUUAGAAACUUUAAUUUACCUUAAUUAAUAAUUUGAUUUUAAAAGGGGUUGAAUCCUUUUGUAAUUAGCAGUGUUCACUCUGUCUGCUGAAACCUGCUGUGAGAAACACUGCAGCCAAGGGGAAAGAGUUCAGCUCCAAACCAUGUGAGUUUAAUUGAUGCGACAUUACAUCAUUUCUGGGAAUUGAGGUCUUCAAAUUUUAACAGUUUCCUUUUUACUCUUCACUCUUGGAGCUUGCUGACACCUCUGGGUCAUGUUGUCAACUGGAAUUUAAUUUGUAAAUGAUUAUUUUGUCUCACUUUUUAUUUAUUCAAGAACGUUUGUAAAGCACAGAAAAAAAGUGUACACUUACUGUACAUUAAAGUUUAUUUCAGGAUACA